AUGAUAUCUUCACGUCAACUCGCAGCUGUGCUGUUCCUCGCUGGGCCAUCGCUGGCUGACAACUUUACGAUUUCCAACGGCCAGAUUUUUACUCCUGGCUUUGUAGUUCUAGAUGCACCUCAACCAUACACGCCUCUUGGAGGGGACACCCUCCACGUCGCUAUAGAUGUGACUGCCAACGGCAAACUACCAUUGCCGUCAAACGACGAUGACAGCAAUGACGAUAACCAGAUUUUCAGCAUCGAGAUGUUUCUCUACAGCUACGUCACGGGGCGCAACUUUACCAUUUCGAAUGGAACGGCCAGCGCUAACAACGCCAGCCUGGGUGAGAUUAUGGCGCAAGAACCGGGAAGCACAGUGAAGCAUGUCAACUGGGUUUGGCCCGAUUGUCUUGUUGGAGACGGUGCGCCAGAAGGAGAAAGUGAUCGUGGGGUUUACAAUAUCUCAAUCCGACAAAACUUUAGAUUCAAUGGUGACGACUACUACACCAUAUUCGACGUUCCUAUUUCUGUCAAUAAUUCCAUUCCGGAGGAUAAUGAUCGGCCGUCAUGUGAUGAGCUGUCGAAUGAGCUUCUUUCGCCUGAAGAUGUCGACGUCGAAGCAGCUAAUGAGGUGGGCGUUUUGUUUGCGCCUGGCGAUGCGACUGAACUCGAUAUAAGUGGUGAGGAAUCGGUAGGAUCUGUUCUUGGUCCUAAUAUGGUUUAUGUUGGGGUUAUGGGUGCUUUUAUAGUUAUGUUAAUGUAG